GGGUUAUAAAUGUUAAUGAUAAAUAGAAAACUUUAAGUAGGUUGGAAGAAUUUGUUUGAAAAACAGGGAAUAAUCAGUGUUUUGUUGGCAUCGGCAAAAAAACGAUCUCAAGGCAGCACUUGUCGAGAUCGGCAAAUGGCGAGACUGGAGAUAACACGAGAGACGUGAUCUCGACGGUGGAAGUGAGACGACAGAGAAUAAACGAUGUACGCGCUGUUGAAAAACAAUUUGAUCGUCAAUGGCAAGCUGAUAGAGAGAGGUGUGAGACUAAGGAGGUUUCACAGACGCUGUAUCUGCGUCUCGCAGUAUUCCGACUGGGAGGACGUCCGCAGGCGGCCGGCGCAGAGAUGGAGCCCGGUCGUCGUCGGCGUGAGGCUCUACAGCAGCGAGCCGCUCAAGCCGUCGUCGAAGGUCGAGGAGACGGUGACUGCGCUCAAGGAGAAGGCGAAGGAGCUCCCGGUCGCCGCUGACAGCAAGAGCAAGGCGGUCGCCAAACCGCCCAAGAAACCUCUGAAGCAGCGCAUCAAAGAUGAAAUCCUACACUACUACCACGGCUUUCGCCUGCUCUUCAUCGAUAUCAACAUCUCGCGGAAGCUCCUCUGGAGUCUGCUCAUCGGAAACCAGCUCACGAGAAGGGAACACAAACUUUUGGUGCGCACAGUGGGUGAUUUAUUUCGUAUGGUGCCAUUUUCAUUAUUUAUCGUGGUGCCUUUCCUUGAGUUCACUCUCCCAAUUUUUAUCAAGUUUUUCCCUGGGAUGUUACCAUCCCAUUUCCAGUCGGCGAGUGAGAAGGAAGACAAGAUCAAAAGAUCUCUGAAAGUUAAACUAGAGAUGGCCAAGUUCCUUCAACGAACGCUCGAUGACAUGGCUGUGUCGAGUAAAGGACAUUCCUCUCAGGCUGCAAAGGAAUUUGCACAAUUUUUUGAAAAGGUCAGGACUUCCGGAGAAAUGACAACUUCAGAAGAAAUAAUGAAGUUUUCAAAAUUGUUUGAAGAUGAAAUCACAUUAGACAAUUUGCCAAGGCCUCAGCUUAUGGCGCUGUGUAGAGUACUGGACAUGAACCCUAUCGGCACGACAAACUUUCUCAGAUUUCAACUUAGGUUAAAACUCAGAAGUUUAGUUGCUGACGAUAUGAUGAUUCAAAAAGAAGGAGUUAAUUCUUUGACACAAUCUGAAUUGCAAGCCGCUUGUAGAGCAAGAGGCAUGAAAGCAUUGGGCGUUUCUGAGGAAAGAUUAAAAGCUCAGCUUAGCCAGUGGCUGGACCUUUCCCUGACUAAAAAAGUUCCCCCUUCUCUUCUUCUUCUAUCUCAGGCAUUCAUGCUUCCUGAUUCAACACCGACCGAAGAGAAACUGGCAGCGACAAUACAAGCUUUACCUGACGUAGUCGGCACGGCGACUAAAGCCGUAAUCGGUGAACGUGAAGGCAAGGUAGACUACAAAACAAAGAUUGAAAUUAUCAAGGAGGAAUGCAAUAUGAUCAGAGAAGAAAGGAAAGAACAGCAAGAGGAAGACCUUAAACAACAAGCAAAGGAAUUGGAGCAAAAGAAAGAAGAGGUUAUGGUGGAUUCUGCACCUACAUUGAUGGAUAAAGCUAAACUCGUUGAUCCUGUACUUAGAGCUGUUGUAGAUGACAUUAAGAAAACAGCGAUCCGUGAAAAAUUAUUGAAUGAAGAUGUUACAAACAAGGAUAUGGAAGCUUUAGAAAACGCGCUCGAAACACUAGGUAAAGACAGGAAGAAAUUGUUAGUUGAGAAGGAAGAACUUCAAGAGCUUCGGGCUGAAAUGGCCGAGUACCAAGAGGACAUAGCUGACCUUCAGAAAAUAACGAUGGCGAGUGGCAAAGAGUCUGAUCUGCAAGAGACAGUUGCGGCCAAACGCCUCUUCAGGAAGGUGAACAAGAUGAUCAGCAAAAUGGAAGCGGUAUUGCAUACCCUUGAGAAAAAGGAACAGAAAUUGAAAUCCGAAGAAGAAUCUGUUACUAUGUCAUUGGAAGCCGAGGAGAAGACACCGAGUCCUAAGAAAAUAGAAGAGUCUUUGCGGAUUGACGACCUUAUAGCAACAAUUAGAAAAAUACAAGGAGUACAGGUGUCUAGUCUUGAAAGAUUGACGGAGGUAUUGAGUAAAAUGGAUGCUGAUAGAGACGGUAUCGUCCGAGUAGAUGUUCUUCUCAAGAUGUUGGAAUUAGUGGGAAAUGAGAAGGUGAAGUUGAAUAAGAAGCAGGUCGAUGAGUUGAUCGAACUUAUCGAUAAGGAAGAGGCGAUUGAAAUGGAUGAGUCGAUCUACAGGGCGUUAAAGAAAGGGAGCGAAGACGAGUGCAAGGAUCCGCCCAGUCCUUUAUCACCCCACAGCACGACGGUGGGGCCUACUUCAGGCAGUAAACAAUCAGCUAAUUUGGCCCAUCCUAUAGCAGCAUCAGAUGCAAAUAACUGUAAAAAAUCAUUGUCUGAACCUAACAAUAUGUCCAAAGAUGGCUUACGAUAGUAUAAUAGUAAAUUAGGUGUAAUGUUUAUGUACAAUGCAAUUUGUGGCAUCUGCCUUGAUUUGUCACGACGCCAGUCAAAACAAAACACAUUAACUUUAAAAAAGAAUUGUAGGUAUUGUAUUAUAGUCUCUCAUUUUUUUUUUUUUUUUAAUUUUAUUCUUCAUAUUUUUAAUUCAACUUUCAGUUUUAUGCUAUUUUAUUGUUUAUAGUUUUGAUGAGCGUACAUAUUGUGAAUACAGAAACUUAUUUUCCUUGUUGACAAAAUUUAUUUAUUUAUUGCAAAAAGUUCUGUGAUAAAUGUUAGAAAAGAAAGUUGAUAUUGUUUUUACCAUUUAUAGUAUAUUAUAAAGUAGUAUAGCUAAAACGUACGCUGGUUUUACAAACUGUGAGGCUUUCCCACCCCCCUCUGUUAACUAUGUAAAUGUUUUCAAGAAAUAAUAAAAAGAAAGUUAUUUAUUAUUAA